AGUGUGACUCUGUGUCUGCUGGAGCUCCGCGGACAACACCUCCAACAACAGCCGUCGACGCAGCGCAGCGCAGCUCUCUGCUCUGCAGGACUAAACUUCAUCUCUCCAACAUCUCCUCACUUCUGCCUCUAGAUGCGUUUCUCCUUCACGACUUAAGCUCUUUUUACUCAGAUCAGUUCAUUCCUCAAACGUUUUCUUCCCCCUCGGAUCGAGCCGGUGGAGCUGAUGAUGAGCGGAGCGCCGGCUGCAGCGCGGCGGCUCUCUGGUGCGCUCUCCUCGGCUCUGUUGUUGUUGUUGUUGUGGACCUGCUGCGGCUCGGUGUCGGUGUCCGCUCAGGAGCUGCCCUCCAACGGGCUGAACGGAUACAGCCUCCACCCGCCCUACUUCAACCUGGCCGAGGGCACCAAGAUCACCGCCACGGCGACCUGCGGAGAGGACGACACCGGGACCGGGAUCGGGUCCGUCCGGGACCUGUACUGCAAGCUGGUCGGAGGCCCGGUGUCCGGGGACCCGAGCCAGACCAUCCAGGGCCAGUACUGUGACAUCUGCAGCCAGGGCGAGAGCGACCGCGCCCAUCCCAUCACCAACGCCAUCGACGGGACAGAGCGAUGGUGGCAGAGCCCGCCUCUGUCCCGCAGCACCGAGUUCAACGAGGUCAACGUCACCCUGGACCUGGGACAGCUCUUCCAUGUGGCCUACGUGUUGAUUAAGUUCGCCAACUCUCCCCGUCCGGACCUUUGGGUUCUGGAGAGAUCCACCGACCACGGGCAAACCUACCUCCCCUGGCAGUACUUCGCCUCCUCCAAGAGAGACUGCAUUGAGCGUUUUGGCCAGAGCACCAUUGAGAGGAUCAACAACGAUGACGACAUCGUCUGCACCACCGAAUACUCUCGUAUCGUCCCGCUGGAGAACGGAGAGAUCGUGGUGUCCUUGGUGAACGGUCGGCCCGGUGCCAUGAACUUCUCCUACUCCCCGGUACUGAGGGACUUCACCAAGGCCACCAACAUCCGUCUCCGCUUCCUGAGGACCAACACGCUGCUGGGACACCUGAUGGGCAAGGCGCUGCGUGACCCCACCGUCACCCGCAGGUAUUACUACAGUAUCAAAGACAUCAGCAUCGGAGGACGCUGUGUGUGUAACGGACACGCUGAGGCCUGCAACGCCCAGGAGCCCAACGACCCCUACAAGUUACAGUGCGAAUGUCGGCACAACACCUGUGGCCUGUCUUGUGACCACUGUUGCCCCGGAUACAACCAGUUACCGUGGAAACCGGCCACGACCUACAGCGCCAACGAGUGUGAACCGUGUAACUGUCACCGUCACUCGUUUGACUGCUACUACGACCCCGAGGUUGAUCAGAAGAGAGGCAGCAUCGACCUCCACGGACACAACAGAGGAGGAGGAGUCUGCCUCAACUGUCAGCAUCACACCACCGGAGUCAACUGUGAGCGCUGCAUCCCCACCUACUACAGGUCACCUGACCACACCAUCGACUCCUCGUUGGCCUGCUUACGCUGCGACUGUCAGUCAGAGUUUACAGACGGUACCUGUGAGGAUCUGACCGGUCGCUGUCUCUGCAAACCAAACUACACUGGAGAGAACUGCGACUCCUGCGCCAGCGGCUUCAUCAACUUCCCCGACUGUUACCCCAUCAGCACCUAUCCCUCCAACAACAACAAUGGCGAGGCCAAACCAGCAGGAGAGAUCAUCAACUGUGAGUGCAGUGCAGCCGGUACUGUUGAUAACUCCUGCAGGCCGGAUCCCAGAACCCGGACCUGCGUCUGUAAACCCGGUUUCACCGGCGACCACUGUGACACCUGCGCUCCAGGUUUCUACGGACUCAACUGUCAAGCCUGUCAGUGUUCAGGUCCUGGCUGUCUGGACGGGUCAUGUGACUUUGUGACGGGUCACAGCGUGUGCCGGAGUGGUUUCCAAGGUUACCAGUGCGACCAGUGUGCACCGGGCUACUUCGACUACCCGCUCUGCCAGCUGUGUGGCUGCAGUACAGUGGGUUCUCUGCCUGAAGGCUGUGAUGCGUCCGGUCGGUGUCUGUGUAAACCAGAGUUUCAGGGUCCUCGUUGUGAACAGUGCAGAUCUGGAUUCCACUCGUACCCCAACUGUCAAGUGUGCACCUGUGAUCCUCGCACCUCAUUGGACACCAGCUGCACCGCGUCGGGUCACUGCCACUGCCAGCCUAAUUACAGCGGAGCGUCAUGUGACCAGUGCGCUCCUGGUUACUACGGUUACCCAAGCUGCACACCCUGCCAGUGUUCUUCAGAAGGUUCCCACUACACCAGCUGUGACCAGGGGACGGGACAGUGUGUGUGUCUGCUCAACGUGGCGGGGCUGAGGUGUGACAGCUGUUCACACGGCGCCUACGGCUUCCCCAACUGCCAAGCUGGUACCUGCCACCCUGCCGGCUCUGUCCAGUAUGUGGUGCCGCCUCCAGUGGGCCAAUGUGAGUGCCGUCGUCAUGUGGAGGGCCCGGCCUGUGACCGGUGUAGAGCUCUGUACUGGAACCUCUCCCCAGACACUCCUGAUGGAUGCACCAACUGUGAGUGUAACGUUGCAGGUACCAUCAGCGGCGUUGCAGAGUGUGCACAGGAAACCGGUCAGUGUCACUGUAAACCCAACGCCUGCAGUGGAACCUGCUCCACCUGUAAAGACGGCUACUACAACCUGCAGGAACAAAACUACUUCGGCUGCCAGGGUUGCCAGUGUGACAUCGGAGGUUCGGCAGGUCAGUCUUGUGGAGAGAGGAACGGCCGCUGUCGCUGCAGACCCAACGUGGAGGGACCGAAGUGUAAUCUACCUCGUCCAGAUCAUUACUUCCCAGACCUCCACCAUCUGAAGUUUGAGAUCGAGGAGGGAACCGUGCUGGAUGGCCGACCGGUGCGAUUCGGCUACAACCCUCUGGAGUUCCCAGACUUCAGCUGGAGGGGUUACGCUCAGAUGUCCCCCAUCCAGUCCAAAGUGUUGUUGUCGGUGUCGGUCAGCUCUCCGGACCUCUUCCACGUGGUGCUACGCUACGCCAACAGGGCGGGUUCGGAUGUCCGGGGCCGGGUGUCGGUCAUAGAGGACGGCUGGAGCUACUACUGUGGUAACUGUUCGGAGCAGUCCAAACAGAUCGUCUUCGCUCCCAGCGUGGAGCCGACCUUUGUCAACGUUCCCCAGAACAACUUUGUGGAGCCGUUUGUCCUGAACCCGGGAACCUGGACCGUGGUUAUAGAGGCGGAGGGAAUCCUGCUGGAUUACCUGGUGCUGCUGCCCAGCGCCUACUACGAAGCUCCCAUCCUUCAGAUCAGAGUUACUGAGCCGUGCACCUACAGCUCUGUGACCGACGCCAGCCAGAACUGUCUGCAGUACCGAUAUCUGUCUCUGGACUCCUUCCCCUCCAUCUCCGGCAACGAUGCCACCUGCCGCAACGACAACCACCUGCCGCGCCCCUGCCCGACCGAGAGGGUGACCCCGCGCCACCCCGACAUGGCCGUCUGCAGUGGCUACGAUAUCAGCGUCGAGCUGCGAGGGCGUCUGCCGUCUGCGGGCGAUUACGUUCUGGUCGUUGAAUAUUCCAGCGAGGAAGAACUGCCACAAACUCUGUCUGUCGCUGUAAACAUGCCGGGAGCACGAACACACGAGCACCGCGUCGUCCUGCUGCACUGCAAAUACAGCUUCCUGUGUCGAGUCGUGGCCAUCGAUGGACAGAACAGAGUGGCCGUCUUCUCGCUCCCCGGCAACACCGAGAUCCAGCUCGUCUCCGACCGCGCCAGCUUCUUCCUGCACAAAGUGUUCCUGGUGCCUAAAGAGCAGUUCACCAUGGAGCACGUUGAGCCUAAAGUCCACUGCCUCGGCGCUCACGGGCAGUUCUCCCCCGACAGCUCGUCCUGCGUCCCCUCGCGCUUCCAGACGCCGUCAGACUCGCUGGUCCUGAAGGAGGGCCAGAGCUCGUCCAUGCAGGAGUCCGUCCUCGCGUCCCCCGCAGCACCUCCUCCCCUGACCGUCCACCAGAGGGACGAGCCGACCUGGACGGGAGGAGACAGACCUCCCCACGGAGCGGAUAGCGGCGACCACGUCAGGCUGGACUCGCUGCAGAAUGCAGCGGUGUACUCGACCCGGGUCCACGCCCUGGGGCGCUACGUCUUCAUCCUCCACUAUCACCAGCCUCUCCACCCCAGCUAUCCCGUGCAGGUUUACAUUAACGGAGGACGGAUCUGGCAGGGCCACGCCAACGCCUCCUUCUGUCCCCACGCGUACGGCUGUCGGAACGUCCUGGUCUCUGAGAACCAGAUCAUUCUGGACGUGACGGACCACGAGGUCUUCCUCACAGUGCAGAUACCUGCUGGCAAGACGCUGUGGCUGGACUAUGUGCUGGUUGUUCCUGAGACGAGCUACAGCUCCAGCUACCUGAACGAGGAACCUCUGGAUAAAUCGUACGACUUCAUCAGCAACUGUGGACAAAACAGCUUCUACAUCAAUCCCUCCGCCGCCUCUCCGUUCUGCCUCGGCUCGGCGGUGUCUCUGUCGGCCUUCUUCAACAACGGGGCGAUGCCCUGCGCCUGCCACGAGGUCGGAGCCGAGAGCGACACCUGCGAGCCGUUCGGUGGCCAGUGCCGCUGCAGGCCCGACGUGAUCGGCCGAGACUGCGCCAUGUGUGCCACGGGCUACUGGGGGUUCCCCAACUGCAGACCCUGUAACUGCGGUACAAGGUUAUGUGAACCGGUGACCGGCGAGUGUAUCUGCCCUCCGAGGACUCUGCUCCCAGAAUGCACCGUGUGUGAGCCGCAGACGUUCGGCUGCCACCCGGUGGUCGGCUGCGAGGUCUGCAACUGCUCCCGGCCGGGCGUCGACUCCCCCGAUGUCAACUGUGACACCCUCAGCGGACAGUGCAGAUGUAAGGACAACGUCGUUGGCCGCCAGUGUGACCGCUGCGCUCCCGGUUUCUACGGUUACCCCAACUGCAGACCAUGUGACUGCAACGAGGCGGGAACCGAAGAGGAAGUGUGCGACUCCUUCACAGGACGGUGUCUCUGCAAGGAGAACGUCCAGGGUUCCCGGUGCGAUCAGUGCCGAGUCGGUACAUUCCACUUGGACCCGACCAACCCGAAGGGCUGCACCAGCUGCUUCUGCUUCGGAGCCACCGACCGCUGUCGCAGCUCCGACAAGAGACGCACCGAGGUGAUGAACAUGGAGGGCUGGGUGCUGCUUGGAGGCGACAGACAGGAAGUGCCGGUCGCGGUGUAUCCGGGUCAGGACCUCGUCGAGGCCGACCUCAGCGACGUGCCCGAUGUCUACCAGGACCUCCACUGGCACGCACCAAAGACAUACCUGGGAGACAAGGUCUCGUCGUACGGAGGUUAUCUGAGGUAUCGUCUCCACACUCAGACGAUGAGAGGCGACGUGUUGUCUCUGCCUGCUGAAGCCUCCAGGCCUGACAUCAUCCUCAAGGGGAACCAGAUGACGUUGGUGUUCAUGGAGAGAGAGUACUCGUCACCUGAGGAGCCUCACCUGGGGAUAGUUCACAUGGUGGAGGGAAGUUUCCGUCACGCUCAGACGGGUAACUCGGUGUCUCGGGAGGAGCUGAUGAUGGUUCUGGUCGGUCUGGAGUCUCUGCAGGUCCGAGCCCUGCACUCCCAGUCGGCCCACUCCGUGUCGCUGCGCGGCGCCGUGCUGGAGGCCGCCGAGGCCAUGCCCGUCGGUCGCCACGCCAACAACGUGGAGAUCUGCAUGUGUCCCGCCAACUACCUGGGAGACUCGUGUCAGAAAUGUGCUCCGGGUUUCUACAGAGACACUAUCGGCCUGUUUCUGGGUAAAUGUGUUGCCUGUAACUGUAACGGACACUCUGACCGCUGCCUGGACGGAUCUGGGAUCUGCUUGGACUGCCAACACAACACGGCUGGCGACCGCUGCGAGAGCUGCCUGGGCGGUUUCCUUGGCAACAACAGUCUGGACGGACAGGCGGUGUCCUGCUCCAGUUGUCCCUGCCCGCUGAGGGUCCCGUCCAACAACUUUGCAGAGGGCUGCGUGCAGAAGACCGACAGGAUGCAGUGUCUGUGUAUGCCCGGCUACGCUGGACCGCACUGUGAAAGGUGCGCCCCCGGUUACUACGGCAACCCCAUGGUGCUGGGCAGCAGGUGCCAGCUGUGCCAUUGCCACGACAACACGGACCCCAACAUGCUGUUCACCGACUGCCACCCGCUGACCGGCGAGUGUCUCAGCUGCAUGCACAACACGGCCGGGCCUCACUGUGACAUCUGCGCUCCCGGUUUCUACGGCGACGCCAUCGCCGCCAAAAACUGCACCAAAUGUAACUGCUCUCCGUGUGGCACCGAGUCAUGUGACCCUCACACAGGACAGUGUCGCUGUAAAGCCGGAGUCACCGGACCGCGCUGUGAGCGCUGUGAGGACGGCUCGUUCGGCUUCGACUCAUGCUCCGGCUGUCAUCAGUGCGACUGCGACGCCUCUGCGGCUCUCGUCCAGCCGUGUGACCCUCAGAGCGGUCAGUGCGCCUGUCAGCCCGGCGUCAACGGGCCGAGCUGCAGACAGUGCGCUCCCGGACACUGGGACUACGGACCCAACGGAUGCAGGAAGUGCGGCUGUAAAGGAGGUCGCUGUGACCCCCGGUCGGGAGAGUGCCGCUGUCCUGACGGGAUGACGGGGAAGCAGUGCGACACCUGCUCACAGAAAUACAACGUUCCUGUAGAGCACCAACACGGCAUGCACUGUGAACCGUGUGACAGCUGCGUCGUCGUCCUGUUGGAGGAUCUGGACAAGAUGAACGACGACUUCCACACGGUAACCGGUCAGCUGAGCAGCCUCAACGCCAGCUCCAUGGCGUGGGCUCAGCUGCAGAACCUCAACAAGUCUGUGGACGACAUGGCUCGGGCCAUAGAGAACUACAACAGUACGCUGGAUGACAGCAGGAGUCGGGCCGACAUGCUGGAAGCUGAGAUCAUGAACAUCAAUGAUGACAUUGAUGAACUGCAGGGCAAGGCGACCGUGAUGACGGACAGAGCUGACGACCUGAAGAACAGCACCAACAACACACACCAGAGGGCGCAAGACCUGCUGUCCUUCAUCAACAACAUGACCAUGGAUUUAAACGACGUCAUGACGAUGGCGAACCGGUCCUGGCUGAAUGACACCGAGGCGGCGCAGGACGACGGGGAGAGGGAGACGAAGAUGAGGAAGGUGCAGGCCAUGAUGAGGGAGAUGAGGUACCGGAGCUGCGUGGGCCAGAAGAAGAUGGCUGACAAAGAGAAGAGCGAGGCACAGAAAUUGUUGGAUCGCGUCAACACGGAGUUGGCGGGUCGUCACGGAGAAAACAGCGACCUGGCCAAAGCUAUCAGAGACCGCCUGACCCGCUUCCACUCCCAGAUGAUGGAUCUCCGAGACGCCCUAAACCAAGCUGUGAACAACACGGCCAGAGCCACGGAGAUCAACAACGUCAAUGAGAAAACCCUGGAGGACAACCAGAGGAGGAUAGAAGACCUGCUGUCGAAGCAGAAGGAGGUCAACGACCAGCUGCACAUGGCUGAAAAUGACGUAGCGCAGGUCAACGACGUGCUGUCCAUGCUGCACGACUCCAAAGAGGAGUAUGAACGCUUGGCGGCCCAGCUGGACGGCGCCAGAACACCGCUGGCAAAGAAAGUGCAGAACUUUGCUUGGGUCGACUCCAAAAUCCCUCUGGUGGAGGAAGCAGAGAGACACGCGGAGCUGCUCAACGCUUUAGCCAUGAACCUGUCCAGUUUGGUUGCAGAAACCAAGAAGGAUGGAUUUGUGGAUGUAACACAAUCCUACAAUAAGAUUAUCAACAGCAUCAAGGAGGCAGAGGAGGCCGCCAAGAUGGCCGACAAGGCCGCUAACGACACUAUGGAGACCAUAAAGGACCAGGAUCUGGGUCGGAGCGCCGACCUUCUGAGGAACCACAGCGUGGAGCUGAAGGACGAGGUCCUGAAGCUAAACGAAGAACUCAACAACGACCUGAAGCCGCAGCUGGAAGACGCUCGGAGGCGACUGGACGACGCCAAAACCAAACAGGCUGAUGUGAUGAAGAACCUGCAGACGGUUCAGAACAACCUCAACUUCACCACGAAUGUGAGUCAAGAGAUCGACGAAGCAAAGCGAGCGGCGGAUCUGGCGAACAUCACGGCCACGCAAGUCAACGAUGCCCUGCGUCCCAUUAAAGAGCAGCUGGACCAAUGGCAGCAGACCUACGGAGACGCCAACGCCACCAACGAUGACAUCAACAAGGCGCUGAUGGAGGCCAACAAGACUGUGCACGCUCUGGGUGAGACGAUCCCUCUGCUCAUGAAGAAGCUGGAUAAACUGCAGAAUCACUCGGCACAGAUGCCCAACAUCUCCGAGAACAUCAGCCGCAUCCGACAGCUCAUACAGCAGGCGCGCAACGCUGCCAGCAAGGUGAGCGUGCCGGUGAAGUUCAACGGGUCGUCCGGCGUUCAGGUCCGUACUCCGCACAACCUGGCCGACAUGGCCGCCUACACCUCCCUGAAGCUCUACAUCACGCUGCCGGAGGCGACGCGAUCCAGGCGGCAGGACAGCAGCAACCAACAGUUCGUCUUCUACCUCGGCAACAAGGAUUCCAGUAAGGAGUUCCUGGGCAUGGCGUUGGCGGGGAAGAGACUGCGCUGGUACUUCAACGUCGGAGGAGAAACCGCCGAGGUGCUGAUGUCUGAAGAAGUCCAGUCUAACGGAAACUUCAACAGCGUCGUGCUGGAGAGGAUCCUCCAGUACGGUCAGAUGUCGAUGUCUACAGAAGCCACCGAGGGAGACCAACACGUCACUAAAGCCUACGUGGAGGCUGUAGGAGAUCAGGGGCUGCUCAACCUCCUGACCGACGACACCGUCUUCUACGUGGGAGGAUACCCAAGUACUUUCAAACCCCCCGCCCCGCUCGUUCUGCCCAACUUUAAGGGCUGCAUCGAGCUGGAUACGCUCAACGAGGAAGUGCUCAGUCUGUAUAACUUUGAAAACACCUUCCAGCUCAGCACCACCGAGGAGAAGCCGUGUGGCAGGUCCAAGCCGGUGCUGACUCAGGCCUGGGUGAAUGACGCGGCGUAUUUUGACGGUACCGGCUUUGCCGACGUCACCUUCACUGACGAAGUGACUCGCAUGCAGCGCUUCGAACAGGAAGUGAAGCUGAUCUCACACAACGGAAUACUGCUGCUGCUGCAGAAGGGGAGUCAGUUCCUGUGUCUGGCCGUGCUUCAGGGCAAACUGAAGGUGUUCUAUGACUUCACUGGUGAGCUGAUGGAGCUCGAGCCCAAAGAUCCUUUGUCUGAUUUCCUGAAGAUCAGCGACGCCGACUCCAAAGCUCUGGAGAUCAUCAUUCUGCGUACAGCCCCGUACCGCGUUGUGGUGAGGAACAACCGCGUCGGCAUCUACACCAACCAGUUCACCGAGAGCAUCCCCACAUUCAGUGGAAACUACUACCUGGGAGGAGUACCGGAGCACAAGAUGCCUGAGAAGUUGAAGUCUCUGUUUCCUAAGCAGGGCUCUCUGAAGGGCUGUUUCAGGAAUGUGAAGGCCCAAAACUCUCACGUCGACCUGAAGAGGAUGACGAGCUCCGGAAUCAGUUUCGGCUGCGACAGCGACCUGCUGGUGGCUCGUGAGGCUCAUUUCUCCGGUCAGAGCUACCUGGACUUGGCCCUGACCAACAUUCCCAGCCUCAGGAACAACUUCUACGCCAGCUUCAGCUUCAGGACCGCGCAGAAGGAGGGACUCAUGUUCUACCACCACGAUCAGGAUGGAGUUUGUCAGGUGUCUUUGCUUGACGGCCACGUCGUGGUGAAAGCUGGAAACCGAGCGAUUAAGACACAGAAGACGUACAACGAUGACAACAGCCACUACAUCGCUAUCUACAACAACAUCAACGGGAUGCGUCUGUACAUGGACGACGUGCUGGAGAAAGCAAAGGAGGUCAUCCAGCUGGACAGCAGGGGAAGUGGAGGUGUGACGGGCCCCCAGGGAAGCACCUUCCUGGGAGGAAUGCCCGACCCGAGAGCCGCCAACCUCACUGGAUGCAUCAGCAACGUCUUCAUCAGGAGGGAAACGGAUACUCAGAUGGUUCUGAACCUGCUGAAAGCGAAAGAAAACGUCAACGUUCCUCUGGACUGUCCCGCCGCCAAAAAACCUCAGCAGAUCGUCGCCGCCGCGCCCAAACACAGCAACAAACCCAAGGGAAAGCACAAGAAGCCGUCGGGGUCUCGCAGCCGUAACACCAGGGACUCGUGUCACGGCGAGCUGUCGGAUCAGGAGGCCGGAGGGACGCACUUCAGCGGCUCCACACACAGCUACCAGAGAUACGACGCUCUGCCCAGAUCACUCAGCUCCAUGCCUCAAAUCUCCAUGGCGAUGAGGAUCAACUCCUCCGAUGGUUUGGUGCUGUACGCGGCCGGCGAGCAGCGCGGCGCAGCCGUGAUGUCUCUCAGCGUGUCCGACGGCCACCUGCUGCUUCUGUUGGACGGAGGAAAGAGGAAGCUCAGCCUGCGCAGCCGCAAGAAGUACAACGACGACCAGUGGCACACGGUGUUUAUAAAGCGUGAAGGAGAGAAGAUCAGUCUGAUCGCGGACGGCAUCGGCGCUCAGUCGAAGAGAAUCCCCGGAGGAGACCGGACUCGUCUCGCCGGUUCUUUAUACGUCGGAGGCGUCCCGCCAUCACUGACGGCUCCGGGCUCUGCUGGGUUCGUGGGUUGUGUCAGAGACCUGACGCUGAACGAAGCCCCGGCAGGAAGCCCGGCUCACAGCCAGGGGACGGUGCCGUGCUUCCAGAGUCCUCUCCAGCCCGGAGCCUACUUCUCUGGCCAGGGAGGACACAUCGCUAUAGAUGAGUCCUUAGUUCUGGGUCGGGAUCUGGAGAUCCAGCUGGAGGUUCGGCCCGUCUCGGACUCCGGGCUGCUGUUGCAUGCUGGGACGUCACCUGACCAGCGCUUGAGUUUGGUCCUGAGCCAGGGAGAGGUGAUCGUUUUAUUAAACGGCGGCAAAGGUGAAAUCUCUACCUCCUUCACUCCUGAAGAACCGCUCUGUAACGGACGCUGGCACACCAUCACAGUGGUGAAGAAGAACAACGUCCUGCAGCUCCAUGUUGAUGCAGCCAGCGAGCACAGCGUCGGCCCCAAACAGAGCCGCUCAGCCGGGGCCAAAGAGACCGUUUACCUGGGAGGGGUUCCUGAUGGCGUCACGGUUCCCGGUCUACCUGACGGCCUGCCGGUCUUCCACGGCUGCAUCCGCCUCGCGACCAUCAACCGCCGACCCGCCAUGUUGUCCAAACCGCUCGCUGUGCACGGAGCAGUGGGGACGCAGGGCUGCCCACACAUGUAAACCCAACACACACACACACACACACACAGUCUUAUCCUCACAUUCCCCAACUACAAAUUACUGGUGGUGGGCGUCAUGUUACUGUAGCUAAUUUAAAAUAUAUAUAUUAAUAUUUAUUUUCUAUUUUCAGAAAAAUGUAUAUUUUAUAUUUUACAGUUUUGUCGUUGCAAUAUUACUGGUUUGUUUUUGUGCUACAGGGUGCUGUAACAACAGGCUGCACGUAGAGAUGCACCGAUACACGUCACUGCUGCAACUACUCUAAAAUCACAACUCUAAAAUCACAACUCUAAACUCUAAAAUCACAACCCUAAAAUCACAACUCUAAAAUGUGACGGAUUUUGUAAAUAAAAGCUGAUUUUUUUACGUCAAUCAUCCAGAAACCUGAAUGUGCGUUCUAUCUUCAGGUAACUGAUGCGUUGCAGCCGUGCACGGUGCAUCUCUAGCAGACAAUGUUAAGAAAACCUACUGAGUCGGUACACUGUGAACACUGUAAUGUAUGAGCAACGUCCUCAGGCAGCGCUGACGGGCAACGCUACCUGUAACUGGGACGAGGACGGGACUUCUGGGAAUAUCAGAGUUAAUUAAGUCUCAGUGACACAAAGAUGGAGAUAAAUUAAACAUCCAACACAGAAUGAGGUUGACAUGGAAACACGGAGAGAGAUAAGAGCCGUUAACAUGCUGCUUGUGUGGCCUUUAUGUUCUUUUAACUUCUACAUUAAACGGUUAACUUUCAACCUGAGAACGCUGCAGCCGCUAAACAGACUAAUGUAAUCGCUCGGGGAAACUCCUCUUCGUCAAUAUACAUCCACUAAAACUUGUUGUUGUUGCCACAGACGGGUUCAGAUUAUUAUAACAAUAUAAUAACAAUCUGAGCCUGUCAGUGGUUAAAAACGAUCACUUUUAGUGGACGUAAACGGACGGUGAAGGAUUACAUCACAGCCUGGUUCACAGCUACAGUGUUGUCGCUCAAUACCGGACCAAUUUCAUGACAACUUGGACACAAGAACAUGGUCCAGGACGACUCUUUUUAAGAGUAAAAAUGCAACAAUCAAUUAAGUCCAAUUUGUCUCAGAUUUCUCUGAAAACCUGUUCCAUCAACCUUGGUGACAAUGCUGCGUUCAGGUCAUGUUGGAGUUACUGUAAUUACCAGUUUCCAAUGAAAUCAUGAAUAAUGUUCAUGUCAACAUCCAGGUUGUAAUUGCGACUUUGGCCAUUUGUCAUUCAAUUAAAUCCAAAUGUAAUGAAUAUAUUGUCACAGUAAUUGAAACCCUAAAUAUGGGAUGAAUUCCCGUAUGACCCGUCCCGUCCGUCGCCUCGUGUCCAGGUCCAGGAAGUGUCUCCCGUCUCUAUUCCGUCAUAAAUGUAAACAUGUACCAAACGUGUGUAAUAUAACCACUGUUUUAAAACGAUGUCACAGAAAGAAUAAGCUGCCCCCCCCACCCCACCCCCACCCCCAC